UCAAGUACAGUCGAGAACAAAGGGGAGGAACUUUGAGUACAUAAACAAGUCGAGACUGUACACCGGGGGUGCAACUUGGACAUAAUUUAUACAGAGUAAAGCUGUUUCAUAAAAGGCAACUUCGUAGAUUUAGCUAUUGAGAAUCCGACACAUCAAGAACAUAGAAUGAUCGGUAAACUCCUCGCACUGGUUGGCGCCGUACAGGAGAACAACAGUGAUGCUGCAGUUGAAACUGAUGACUGUGCGAACCUCCUUGAGUUUGAGGAUGGGGAAUGGGUUAUUAUAAAUAUACACGAGAAUCAGUCACUAGGCUCAGGUGAAGCAGACAUACUGGAAAACCUACUGAUCGAGCAUCCCAGCAUGUCUGUGUACCAGAUGAAGCCUAAUGAGGAAGACCUUGGUUCAGAGGAAGAAGCAGAGGACAUUGCUAGGCAUGUGCCAAUCAGACGUCACGUUUCUUGGCAGCUUUCUGCAUGGGGCAGCCCCUUGCCCUCCAGCAACAUACUGCUCUCAAUGCAACGUGCCAGAGUUUAUAAUGAGCAAAGGAAGCUGACCCGUGGCGCCCUCAACAGGCAAAAUCUUGCAAAAACAUCCUUUUCGUCUUCUGAGCGCCGCUAUGGAUACUUCAAACAGCCUACUCAACGCAUGUACAACUUUUGAGUGUUAAUCUUUUUGUACACUAUAAAAAGGCUAUGUUAUAUGCAUAAUUGUAGCCUACUUUUGCAAAUCAUGAAAACAUCCUCCUGGCUGUGAGACUGUUACUGGAUUGAAGUUUUAUAAAGUGCAGUGUGGUUUUAUUAGGAUGGAAGUCUCACUGACAUAAAGGAUACAAAGUAUGACCUUAAGGAAUUGGGAAUGUCACUGUAUUAGCAGUUUUUCAGUAUUUUAUUUAGUUCAUUAGUACUUUAAAGUGUAGUUGUAUGUGUUUCUGCUUUUGGUUACUUAUGACUGAUGAAAAUAUUUCAGUGUUGAAACUUUCAAAAAUUGAAGACUUAACUGUACAAGUUGUAGCCAUGGCACCCGUCCCUUCAAAAAUGAUUACCACGCUAUUUGUUGGAUAUUAUGCUAUGAUUCAGAGUUACACAUUUUGUUAUUCUUUGUAAAUAUAAAUGCAUUGUGAUAUCUUC